AUGGGCUGCACGCUGAGCGCCGAGGACAAGGCGGCCGUGGAGCGCAGCAAGAUGAUCGACCGCAACCUGCGCGAGGACGGCGAGAAGGCGGCGCGCGAGGUCAAGCUGCUGCUGCUCGGUGCUGGUGAGUCUGGGAAAAGUACCAUUGUAAAGCAGAUGAAAAUUAUCCACGAGGCGGGGUAUUCGGAAGAGGAGUGCAAGCAGUACAAAGCCGUGGUCUACAGCAACACCAUCCAGUCCAUCAUUGCUAUUAUCAGGGCCAUGGGAAGACUGAAGAUUGACUUCGGGGACUCAGCGCGGGCGGAUGACGCCCGCCAACUCUUUGUGCUCGCUGGGGCCGCAGAAGAAGGUUUUAUGACGGCAGAACUCGCUGGUGUUAUAAAGAGAUUGUGGAAAGAUAGUGGCGUGCAAGCCUGUUUCAACAGAUCCCGGGAGUACCAGCUGAACGACUCUGCAGCGUACUAUUUGAAUGAUUUGGACCGAAUCGCACAAUCGAACUAUAUCCCAACGCAGCAAGAUGUGCUCAGAACCAGAGUGAAAACGACUGGGAUUGUGGAAACCCACUUCACCUUCAAAGACCUUCAUUUUAAGAUGUUUGACGUGGGCGGCCAGCGCUCCGAGAGGAAGAAGUGGAUCCACUGCUUCGAGGGGGUGACUGCCAUUAUCUUCUGUGUGGCCCUGAGCGACUACGACCUGGUGCUGGCAGAGGAUGAAGAAAUGAACCGAAUGCAUGAAAGCAUGAAGUUGUUCGACAGCAUAUGCAACAACAAGUGGUUUACGGAUACGUCCAUCAUACUCUUCCUAAACAAGAAGGAUCUUUUCGAGGAAAAAAUCAAGAAGAGCCCUCUCACCAUAUGCUAUCCGGAGUAUACAGGCUCAAACACAUACGAAGAGGCAGCUGCCUAUAUUCAGUGUCAGUUUGAGGACCUGAAUAAGAGGAAAGACACGAAGGAAAUCUACACCCACUUCACCUGCGCCACCGACACCAAGAACGUGCAGUUCGUCUUCGACGCCGUGACCGACGUCAUCAUAAAGAAUAACCUGAAGGACUGUGGUCUCUUCUAA